AUUGUAACGCGUGUGUGCGCGCUGCCAAACAAACACCUCACAGAAGUUAAAGAGAUUUAUUAGCGUGGAAAUUCAAUAAUUUCGCAAUGGCGGCUCUCAAAUACGCCGGAAUGGAGGAUACAGACAGCGAAGACGAGCUACCGCCGGGCUGGGAGGAGAGGUCCACCAAAGACGGAUGGGUUUAUUACGCUAAUCAUGAGGAGAUGAAGACCCAGUGGGAGCAUCCCAAAACCGGCAAGAAGAAACGCUGUGCUGGAGCUUUGCCAUACGGAUGGGAGCAGGAGACCGAUGAUAAAGGCCAAAUCUUCUAUGUGGAUCACAUCAACAAGCGUAAGACGUAUUUCGACCCUCGGCAGGCCUUCACUGUAGAGGACAUGCAGGUGAAGCCUAAACGCUACGACGGAAACACCGGCGCUCUGGAGAUCCUGCAUGGCCAGGACCUGUCCGACAAGGUCAUCAUCGUCACCGGAGCCAACUCUGGCAUCGGUUUCGAGACGGCGCGAUCCUUUGCUCUUCACGGCGCGCAUGUGAUCUUAGCCUGCCGGAACCAAAGCCGAGCCAGUAAAGCAGCCAGUCUGAUCAUGGGCGAAUGGAGCAAAGCCCGUGUGGAAGUUUUACCGCUGGAUUUGGCAUCUCUGAGGAGCGUCCGACAGUUCGCAGAGCUCUUCAAAGCCACAAAACUGCCUCUGCAUGUGCUGGUGUGUAACGCUGCCGUCUGCUCACAGCCCUGGCGUCUGACGGAGGACGGGUUCGAAUCCACCUUUCAGAUCUGCCACCUGGGCCACUUCCUCCUGGUGCAGCUCCUGCAGGACGUCCUGCGGCUCUCGGCUCCGGCACGGGUCGUGGUGGUUUCCUCCGAGUCCCACAGGUUCACAGAUCUGCUGGACUCGUGUGGGAAUCUGGAUCUGGAUCUGCUGUCUCCUCCACAGAAGAACUACUGGUCUCUGCUGGCCUACAACCGAGCCAAACUCUGCAACCUGCUGUUCUCCAGCGAGCUGCACCGCCGCAUGUCCCCGCACGGCAUCUGCUGCAACGCUCUGCAUCCCGGAAACAUGAUGUUCACCUCCAUCCACCGCAGCUGGUGGCUCCUCACGCUGCUCUUCAGCCUCGCGAGACCCUUCACCAAGUCCAUGCAACAGGGAGCGGCCACUACCGUCUACUGCGCUGUGGCUCCAGAGCUGGAGGGUAUCGGCGGGAUGUACUUCAACAACUGCUUCCGAUGCCUGCCCUCCCCGCAAGCCCAAGACCCCGCAGCUGCCCUCAGUCUGUGGGAACUCAGCGAGAGGCUCGUCCAGGAGAGGUCCACCCCUCCUCAGGUGCUCUGACAACACACCAACACCGUCGGAUUCAGGCUUAGCAUAAUCAUUGUUUUGAAGGAGCAAGAAACGAUUAUAAACUGUACAAGGACAUUGGCAAUCAAGCUCGGAAGUUAUCUGGGAAUCGGAAGCUAGAACCACAUGGGCAGGGUCGUCUACAGCAGAUAAAGAGAUGCAGAGAGACAGCGAGAGAUUCAAUUCAAUUGCGUUUCUCUCGUUCUCAAAGGCAGGCGUAGCCACUCAAUCCCGCGUUAGGGUUUAACUAGGUCUAGAUCACUCUAUAAAUGUCUCCUUAACAAGCAAUAACGUUUGAGUUGUCUUUAGAGGGAAAGAAGAGGGGCUCGUCUAUAUGGUUUAAAUGGACACUUGCGGGAAAUACAAACACUUGUUAGGAGAUCUGUGUCAAUCUUUACGUCUGCUGUACAGAUAAAAAUGUCGAAUAAAUGUUGUAACCCUACAAAGACAUAAUGCGGGAAAUGUACAAUUUGUGAACUAUUUACAAAUCGUGGUGUCUUCACAUUGCUAAGAAUAGGCCUGUAUUGAUAUCCUGUACACAAUAUACAUGAUGCUCUCCUGAAA